AUGAUCGGAAGGCUAGAGUCCGUUGAUUCCAAGGUUGCCAUGGCUAGCAGAGGCUCCAUGGCCAGAGCUUCGGUCUUCAGCAGCAAGUCGAAGGCUUCUGGCGUACUUUCACCACAAAGCUCCACUUUGGCACGCAAAUCAAUGAGAUCCAAAUCAGGAACAAAAGACUCAGGUCGUUCUGGCGGUGACUCAAAGGCGUCGAGCUCCAUGGGGGAUGACUACUUGAUUCGCGAAGGAUCAAAUUCCUCAGACAAGUUCAUUGUGGGAGUCAUUGGUGCAACGCUGAUGAUUGUACAGGUGGUGGCGCUCAUCGCAGGGCUUACUUCGUGGCUAAAGGUCACGCAACAUCCCCAGACUCUGGCACCCAAAUUGAAAGGAAGGAUUCGAAAGAAAGGAUUCAACGUCAACACGAAAUGUCAUUGA